UUUCCAUAUUUGGUUUGGUUUUGAAUGCAACAUAAUACAUGACUCCUCGACUUCACAUCCACUUCCAACAUUUUUAUAUGGCGUGACUCAUGUAGGUUAGUUAGUUACUCCCCGUGCACAUAAAAAGAAAGAAGCAUAACGUAGUCUUAAGUCAAGCGUUGACAUGCCCCACUCUGAGAGUGAAGCCGGUUCAAAGGUUUCGGACCCACAACAUUCACAGAAACUCCUCAGGGUCCUUCGCACGUUUUGGCAAGAGCAAAGUUUCCACGAUGCCCUGCUGGUGGUUGAUGGAGAGGAGCUCCCUGUCCAGAAAAACAUCCUGGCUGCUGCUAGCCCUUAUAUCAGGACCAAGCUGAACUACAAUCCUCCGAAAGAAGAUGGGUCUACAUAUAGAAUUGAGCUGCAGGGGGUCUCCAUGCCCAUCAUGAAACAGAUCCUGGACUAUGUCUUCAGCGGUGAAAUCACUUUGAGUGAUGAGACUAUCCAAGACAUGGUGCAGGCAUCUGACCUGCUCCUCAUGACUGACCUCAAGUCCCUGUGCUGCCAGUUCUUAAAGAGCUGCAUCGCUGCAGAGAACUGCAUCGGCAUCAGGCUCUUCUCUCUGCACUACUGCCUUUAUCAUGUACACUACGCUGCCACUGAGUUCUUGCAGACACAUUUUGGUGAUGUGGCACGCUCUGAAGAGUUCAUGGAGCUGCCCCCGGACCGACUCUGCGAGGUCCUGGCCAUGGAGAAGCUGAAUGUGGGCAAUGAAAAGCAUGUGCUGGAGGCCGUGGUGCGAUGGUUUGCACAUGACCCAGAGGAUCGCAGGGUGCACAUGAAGGAAGUGAUGUCUGCUGUGUGGCUGCACGGCCUUGACGUCAGCUACCUGAGAGAGCAGGCCAUGGGGGAACCGCUGAUGAGAGAGGUGAUCAGAGAGUAUUGUCAGCCAGUGAUGGAGGUUGGUCAGCUGCAUGGUGAGGCUCUGCUCGCCACCUUCAAACCCAGAGGUUAUUCAGAAUGUAUCGUGGUCGCCGGAGGAGAAGAUCGCCAAAGCAGGAAGGCCAGUGCUGUGACACGCUGCAUGUGUCCGCUGUACGACACCAACAGACAGGCCUGGAUCGAGCUGCAGCCAAUGAGCGUAGCCCGCCUCGGCCACGGGGUGGUCGCUGCCGAGGGCUUUCUGUUUGUGAUGGGUGGCACAGAUGAACACAACACAGUCCUGGACAGUGGAGAGAAAUAUGACCCAGACUCUAACAGCUGGAGCCCCAUACCUCCCAUGCUACAGGCUCGUCAGAACUUUGGUGUGGUGGAACUGGAUGGUCUGAUCUACGUUCUCGGAGGAGAGACCAAAGAAACAGAGCUGAUCACUGUCGAGGUGUUUGACCCUCACUACAAUACCUGGAAAAUGCAGACCAGUAUGACCAUGAUCCGCAAGGUCGGCUGCUAUGCCUCCAUGAAUAAGAAGAUCUAUGCCAUGGGUGGGGGCUCCUACGGUAAACUGUUUGACUCUGUCGAAUGCUUUGACCCCAAAACCCAACAAUGGACAGGCCUCUGUCCUCUGAAGGAGAGAAGGUUUGGUGCAGUGGCAUGCGGCGUUGGCUUAGAGCUCUAUGUGUUCGGUGGAGUUAGAAGCCAAGAGAACGACAACCCAGAGCAGAGACAGAUGUUGACCUGCAAGUCUGAGUUCUACCAUGAUGAGAUGAGGAGGUGGAUGUUCUUGGAUGACCAGAACCUUUGUAUCCAUACCAGCUCAUCCUUCGUAUACGGCGCUGUGCCCAUCGGAGCCAGCAUUUACGUCGUGGGAGACCUGGACACAGGAACAAGCUUCGACUAUAUCCGGGAGUUUCGCCGCAGCACCGGGACGUGGCAUCGCACUAAGCAUAUGUUACCCAACGACCUUUCUAAAACAGCCUGCGCCGCCCUGCGCAUCGCUAACUGUCGACUUUUCCGUCUUCAGCUGAGCCAGGGCAUGUUCCGAAUCCGAAUCUGACUCCACUUUUACGCACUGGUACUUUCUAGCUGCUGUAGGUAUGCGUUUAGGGAUUUUGUGAAAACUAAAGUAUCAUAGUCACUAGUUGUUGAGGAUUGUGACUCUCCGUUCAGGGGUUAAUACUCGAGACCCUUUUCCUGUAUAACUUGACCGGACAAAAGCUGACCUAAACAUGUUUUUAAUACUAUAGGUUUACAGGCAUUUUUUAAAAAAUUCUAAAUUGUUUUUGUUUUUUUGGUUUUUUUUCCUCAACAUGGGAUUUUAUUGUUUUUGCUUUUCGUCUUCAUGGACCUUAAUCUUUUGUAAUAUUUACUGGUGGUCUGUUGCUUAGUGAGGGAUUUAAACUGUAACCAAAACUUGACAAGUUAACUACUGUAUUGUUACAUGAGGGACAUGAUACAUAUUUUAAAAGUACUGCUGUGUGUCAAUUUGCAUUUUAAGAUCUGUGGCCAAAUGUGGUCUGGACUAAAGUCUUUAGUCCAGAUAUUUGGAACAGUUGCAGUCGAGGUUAAGACUAAAGAAACUUUUUGUUGUCUUCAGUGGGAAACAAGAAUUUGGUGUCUGAC